AUGAAAAAGCUCUUCAAAAUAGCCUCCAAGUUUCAUGGCGCGGGGUCUGUGGUUUUCGCGUGGCACCCGAACGGGACAUUUUUAGCCACCGCGGGCACAAAUGGCUUGGUACACAUCUUUGAUCGUCAGGGGGAACAGUACGACGAAAUUGGUCUGGACUUAACAGCUCCCGUCAUUGCGCUUGAAUGGGACACGGAGGGAAGUACACUUGCCAUUUUACAACAAGGGAGCAGCGUUGUGCCCCUUUGGGAUAAUGGCAACCGCUUAACUUUGAGUCUAGACACAAAUCUCAAAGAUCCGACAUUUGCUCGAUGGUCUAAAGAGGGCUCACUACUUGCAGUGGGAACCCAGAAGGGCAACCUUGUUUUGUAUAGCAAAGAGACUCGAAAGAUCGUUCCUGUGGUUGGGAAGCACACGCGUCGUAUACAUUGCGGAUCGUGGAACGCUGAUGACAAACUUGUAUUAGGAGGCGACGACCGCAUGCUUACAGUGAGCAAUUCGCAGGGUGAUACGAUUGAGCAACGCGAACUCAGCCACACGCCAUGGAACAUCAAGUUUGGACGAAAGCGAGGCGAUUCGAUGAAGGUGGCCGAACAGCUGAUCGCUAUUGCCCUUCCGAGAGCAAUUAUAUUGCUCAGUCUGCAAGACUCAGCCAAUCCCGUCGAGCUCACCUUUCAGGCUCAUUACGGGAGCAUCGUAUUUAUCGAGUGGUUUGCAGACGGCAUGAUAAUUAUCGCUUUUUCAGAAGGUUAUCUCAUCGUUAUUUCCACAAAAAUCGACGAAGUAGGUGAAGAGCUCCAGUCGCACCGCUUUUUCUUGGGUCGGAUCUUCGCAGCGUGUUACUCGUCAAUACUGAAUCGUGUUGCUUUAAGUGGCGAGGGCAGUAUAAAAGUGGUGGAUCUAACGACCUUUACUGAGAUUGUUGCAGACACGAUAAAACUUACGGAUAUUGAGGAGGAUGAGGCCCAUUUGAUGAGCUUCACGUCGGAUGGACAAAUCCUGACUGUUGCGACAAAUGGAGGCAUCGUAUUCAGCUUUUUGGCACAGAUGCCUCGCAUUCAUGAUCACUGUGGCCAUUAUGUCGCGUAUCUAAGCUCAUUAAGUGAGCUUAGCAUCGUUGACACUCGUCGCAAUGAGAUAGAAUCGAGCAACAAUAAAACGAUUCGGAUUGCACUGUCAGUCGAGCCAUCAUUCGUCGCCAUCGGACCACGUCAUGUAGCUGUCGGUAUGAACAAUCGCGUCUGGUUCUAUCGCUGCGACGGAUCAUCAGCAGAAGCACUGGUCAACGAACAACAGUAUCUUGGUCGAGUGACAUGCGUAAAGCUUAAUCGCGAAUAUGCUGCUGUGUUGUGCGAUGGCAAAGCGAGUUUACAUCGGAUCGAACCAGGAGGCAGUGAUGCCAGCAAUUCACACUUACCCGGCGGAGUACAAGGCGAAAACGCGAAAAUCUUCUCGGGUGGAAAUCGAGAUGAACGCAACAGCGAGAUCAGCGUAGUAGCCCUGACAAAAGACUUUUUCAUCUACUCGACAUCGAAUGGUACCGGCUCCAUCCAAUUUUUUUACUUGAGUGCAUGGCAGUUCCUCGAUGGCUGUGCGUAUCGUCACGAAGAUGGCGUAGGAAUUGUGCAGCUUGUACCGAACAAGACAGGUACACGAAUAUUCUUUUUAGAUAUUAAGCGCCGUGGCUUUAUACUCAAUGCUGCUACACGCGAGACUACAAGCGUCCCCAAUCUAUCGACCAGCAUCGUGGGUGUGCUCUGGGAUGUAAUUGAUCCGCAGGUAUUUGUAGCUUUGCAACCAAAAGAAAUAAGCGUCUUUCACCUAGCCGAUACCACCAUUCGAGGUCCAGAAGUCACUCAACUUGGCGAGCUGGAAGUUUUACCUGACGGCGAUGUCGUGAUCGCGCCACAAACAACACCCGUUCCGCCUGACUUGGAGCCUAUUCUUGUAAGUGACGGUAUUGUUACCUGUCAACAUGCAUCAGGAGGGGGUCGACUGGCUUCGCUUCCUUGUGUAACUCAUGACCAGCUACGUAAAGAGCCUUCAACAUUUUCGGGAGCAUUAGAACAGGAAAAAGCUGCUUUUAGACAGAAUUUGAGCCUAUUUCGUCUCGAUGAAGCGCGGCGGUUGGCGUCUCGUUUUGACCAACGGGACUAUUGGCUCGCUCUAGCUGGACGUGCAAUGCAUACACUCGAUAUUUCUGCCGCUCGUUGUGCAUAUCGGUCUUUAGGAGAUUCGGGAAUGGUCCUGGGUCUCGACCGUCUUACAGACAUUGAGGAGAAAAAUCUAUUGGCAGGUCACGUGUGCAUGCUUUUUGGUGAUUACAAUCAAGCUGUUCGUCUCUUUUUGAAUUCAAGUGAUCCACUAGCCGCACUGCAUAUGCAACGUCACUUGCUACAAUGGGAGCAGGCUUUAAAGCUCGCUGACUCGUUAGCACGCGACCUCGUACCGGAGCUGAGUGUGGCUUACGCUACCCAACUGGAAUUUCGUGGUGAUUUCGAAGCUGCGCUUCGAGUAUACGAACACGCCGCUGGUGCUAUUGAAAGUAUGAAUCGAGAUGCUAGUCUUAAAAGUCCAGCGCCCUCAACAGUAAGUAAGCUUCAGACGCAAAGUCUUGCGGGCAUAGCUCGGUGUACAUUUCGACAAGGCGAUCUGCGUCGUGGAGUGAAACUUGCGACGGAGCUUGAUGAUGCAACAGUGUUUAAAGAAUGUGCUGCCAUUUUAGAAUCCAUGAAACAGGUGGCUGAAGCGGCCGCAUUGUAUGAACAAGGUGGACAGAUUGAAAAAGCUGCUCAGCUUUACGUGCAGAUGAAGAACUUGGCACGUGCAGCACCGUUGAUGGAUCGUGUGAAAGCAUCCAAAGUGCACGCUCAGUAUGCUCGAGCAAAAGAGGCGGCCAAAGAGUAUGCCGCUGCUGCAGAGGCGUAUGAACGAGCUGGUGAAAUGAACAAUGUCGUUCGUCUGCAGCUGGAAAAUUUAGAUGGAGCUGAACGUGCGUUCGAGAUUGUUCGCGAGACAAAAUCAUCCGAAGGAGCCUUAUCGGCUGCUCGCUAUUGCGUCGAAGCAGGUCGCUACCCAAGUGCGAUUGAAUUUUUGUUGCUAGCCAACAAGGAAGAUGAAGCCUUUGCACUGGCCCAACAGCAUGGCGAAAUGGACUCCUUUGCGAAAACUCUAGGCCAAGAGAACAUGAUGGCUUCGAGAGCAGCGCAAGUAGCAAAAUAUUACGAAAAAAGGUCACCAGAGCGUGCAGCCAAUUUUUACCAUGCUGCAGGCAACUACCACAAGGCACUGAAGCUGCUCUUAGCGUGUAGUGCAGCAAAUGAAACAGCCGGUGGUAGUGGAUCAGCUGGAGACACUGCGCUUGUGCGUGCUAUAGAAGUGGUAGGGGCAGCUCGUAACGACAUGCUCACCCACACACUGAUUGAUCACUUAAUGGGAGAACAAGAUGGUAUUCCGAAAGACCCACAUCAUAUUUUUCGCUUGUAUUUAGCGCUGGGAAAUUAUGCGCAAGCAGCCAAGACUGCAGUCAUUAUUGCUCGACAAGAGCAGGAACUGGGUAACUAUAAGCUUGCACGCGAUGUCCUCGUCGAAACUUCUCGUCAGUUGCGUGCUCGUCGCAUGCGAGUGGCUCGGGAGCUUCAAAGUGCACUUGCAUUGUUGCAUAGCUAUGUGCUAGUCAAAAAACUUGUCAAGCGAUCAAAACACGUACCAGCCGCACGAAUGCUCAUUCGUGUGGCGCAGCAUUUGUCAAAGUUCCCCACACAUGCUGCCAACAUCCUCAUUUCUGCAGUCAUAGAAUGUCAACGUGCUGGUUUGCGUGGUUACAGUUACGAUUUCGCGGCAACUUUAAUGCGUUCAUCCGAGUACCGCGCAUCGAUGGACAAAGAUAUUAGACGCAAGAUUGAGGCUAUUGUUCGUCGCCCCAAUAAGGAGCAACCACCUGACGAACGAACACCUUGUCCGUUUUGCUCAUACGAGCUUGCAGAAGCUGAAUUGGACUGCUCGACGUGCAAAAAUGUAAUUCCUUAUUGCAUUGUAACGGGCUAUCACAUGGUUAAGAAUGACUGGACAUCAUGCCCACGCUGUACAUUCCCGGGAUUAUACUCACAGUUUGUACAACUUCUUGAAACGGAUCCAACUUGUCCGAUGUGCGAGCUACCGCUUACCUCAGAUGAACUGCACAAAGUUCCUGAAGGGGAGGUUAUCCUCGACGAUGAAAUCACUCCGGACGCAAGUGAAACUGGAACAAUUCCAUAG